GGUUCCGUCGCUGUUACAACUUGUUAGAAAUGUUAGAAAGCUAAAAAUGUUCAACAAAACGUUCGAUCUACAUCUAAAAACCUCAAGGUCGAAGUUGGUAAAAGGAUAAGGAGGCUAACGCAGAAGAACGAGCAGCUGUAGGGAAGUGAGUGACCAUGGGCAGGCUGGAUGAUGCUGCCAAGCGGAAAGUGGUGGAGCUGCGUGAAGCGGGUUUAAGCUUUCGUAAAAUCAAAGCUGUACUGGAGCUGGAGAACAUCAAGGUGUCUGCCCAGGCUAUCUACCUUUUCCUGAAGGAGUUCAAUGGAAAAGCCAGACAAAAUGGUCUGUCCAUCUCGGGGAGUAGUGGCCCUACAACAGCAUUAGGGUCGAGGGACAUAGGAAUCAGUGAACUGAGGCAAGGUGGCUGGAGCGAGCAGCAGUUCAGGAACCUUCUUCAAAAAACUUCUCAUAUGGCUGGCUUCUCAUCCUCUCCUGACUCUUCAGGCCAGAGUGGGGUACCACCAGAACCUAGGGCACAGUCCUCUGGGACAGGAGCUGCCAGUCAGGAAAGGCAGAAUGCGGAAAAGAAAGAUAUGGAUGUUCGUAUUAUCAGUGUCACCUCGCUGGCACAAAAUGCCCAUCAUGGCGGCAUUCAAACAGCGCGCUCAGCACAGCACAGCAGCACAUUUGCACGGAGAAGGUACACUCCAUCACCAGCAAAUCCAGUCCUUGUAGCCCGGAAAAGAAUCCUGGACAAAGCUUUGUUCCACAGAGCAAGGGUCCGGGACAGCGGUCCUCAGUCUGGCCAGCAGACGGUGUCAUUACUUAGAAGAGAUCAGUCAUGUUUCCCCUUCUCUGAGGGAAGGAAGGUCAUGCUACCUCAAACAGCCUCAUACAACCCUGCCACUACCAGACCUCCCCAAGUGAGGGGACUGCACCCAGGGACAAACGUUCCCAGACAAGGACUCCAACAGCGAGCACACGUGCUUCCCCGUUCAACAGAACAGGCCCCCCGUGUUGGCAUUCGACUCCCUGUACCAGGCCAAUCAAGUGCCAGGCCCCAGAAUUCCAGUUCUGCGGUCCGGGCUCAGGCUCCAACCAGUCAGCAAUCGACUCCCUGCCAGCAGAGCGGCGUGGACACCGGAGCGCAAAGCGCAUUGCAGGACCAGGUCAGGUCUCUGGCCUCGGAAGUGCACAGCCUCAGUCUGGCUCUUAGGAUGAUGGUUGAGCAGCAGGGCCGGCUAGAAAGAGAGCAGAACCAGCAGACACAUGUCCAGAAGCAGAUCUUAAGCACCUUGCAAAACCUGGCAUCUAAACUGGAGCCAUGCUUUCAACACACUACAGCUCUCACAAUCCCACCCUGCCCCUUGUCGUCAGCCUCCUACAGCCAGAGUACCCUCACCCCUAGCCAAGGCAACAGUCUGUGCAGCCAAACCCAGUCCAGGUACAACGAAAUCAACGGCCCCGCUCUUGAAAACAUCGAGUCGUUCUCUCUGGACGGUCUCAGCUCAGCUACCAUGAAUGGAUUUCAGCCUUGUAGCAGUUCGGACUCCCUUUCUUUCGCUCAGGCGCACACGCUAACGUUUACCCAGGCGCACGCAAGAACAUUUACACCAGAGAUGAUGAGCUAUAUAGGGAUGGAGGGCAAGCCUGUGGAAAUGACCUUACCGAGUACAGAUGGAUCUUUUCAAGCCUGCAAGUCGACCUCUACUGAAUCUGUGCAUGAUUCCCAGCUCACUAUUGUUAAAGUAGAAAAUGUUUAAAAGACAAAAUUGGCAUAGAUUAUUCUCUAUAGUCUUGCAACAUUUGGCAUAGUUUAUAUCCCCCCAGAUUCAUAGUUGAUAAGUUAUAUUAAUUCUGUUGAAUAGUCUCAGUUAUGUUUGUGUUUGGACAAGUAUCUAAUGCUUUCAUACAGAAGUAUUACUAAUACCAGAGAGUACCUCAAUAACCGACAUGAGUCAAAAAGUUACCACCAGCAUAGUUUUCUUUGUUUUAUUAUUAUUUUGUUUCUCCAUGGUGGUGUAAAAUAAGAAUCAUACCUUAAAACACUUUUCAAAUAAAGUUCACAACCUGUAAAAAGCAAAACUGUCUGUGAUUAAGUCAGUAGCGAACCUUGACUCGUAAACCUCCUUCUGACCCUCAUCUAAAAAAGUGUCCUCUCUUAAAGUACUGCAAAGAUGUAUGAAGGCAAUGGACCAGGGUUCAAAACGUGCAAAACUACCAUAGAGCUGGCAUGGCUGGUGUCAAAGUUAGCAACAACAAAGCCCACCCAUUUAGAGGAAGAUAUGAUUGGUUCAUUUUACUCUCAUUUGAAAUUCUCUCAUUUAAUUACUAUUUCUUGUCCCAAUUUGUCCAGCAACAGCAGCACGGCAUAAUUCUGAUAGGGAGACAAAGGGGCAUCAUUAAUUUAAUCCUUCACCUUCCAACACAUUGAAUAAGCAGAUAUGAAGGGGUCAAAAGGGGUCACAUUUAAGAGAGCCUAUGCAUUAAUUAGAUAUUAGAUAUAAUUCUUUCACUAGACUAACCAACAAGCCAUGAUUACACAUCAUUUAGAACCAACAAUAACAAAGCGCGUCACAUAUUUAGGGUGUUUUCACACCGUAGGAAACCCUAUAAGUUAAGCAACUGCAACAUCUUAAGCAAUAGCAGCCUUAGUAGCCUAAUAGCUUAGUAAAACUGAUAGUAGUCUGAGCUUGUGGCUUAAAAGCUGGAACCUGAGAGUAAAGCAGUACCAUCCAAAAGUGGCACCCACAAACACAAAAAAUAACUGAUGCAAGACUAUUAUCUUGUCGUUUAUGUACACCAGUUAGUACACACUAUUUAGCAGAAACGUGCUUCCCCGUUCAACAGAACAGCCCCCCCUGCGGUCUGGACUCUCUCCAACCAGUCAGCAAUCGACUCCCUGCCAGCAGAGCGGCGUGGACACCGGAACACAAAGCGCAUUGCAGGACCAGGUCAAGUCUCUGGCCUCGGAAGUGUGCAGCCUCAGUCUGGCUCUCAGGAUGAUGGUUGAGCAGCAACCUGCAGUACCAUCCAAAAGUGGUACUUACAAACACUCUGAAAAUAACUGAUGCAAGACUACUUUCAUGUUGUUUAUGUACACUAGUUAGUGCACACUAUUUAGCAGAAUAGUGAGCGGUUUGGGACAAACCAUUUUUCCCUGUCAUCAUCUUGCACAGUACACAGUGAAGAGAGUGGGUUUAUUUUUUUUAUUCUAUAUUAAUCCAUCAAGUAACAAAGGUCCCAGUAUACUUAUUAUACCAGAGUAAAGACAAAUACAUGAACUACAGGUUUAUUAUGCAAUAAAGCUAUAAACUAAACUAUGAGAAGACAAUUAUUAAGUAUAAGUCUGCUACAUGCUGUGAAUGUAAUUCAGAAUAAGUCAAUCUAAAUUAUUUUGAAAGUAUAUUAAGUACAGUAAUUAACAGAUAUCAUGCUAAAUAUUGUUGUUACAUAAAAUAAUAUAUAAUAUAUGCAACAAUUACGUGAAUAAUUAAUGUUUGUAGUGUUAAUGCUAUUUACCCAACACAGACUGUUUCUCAUCAGCAAAGCAGCUUUCAUCCGAGAUCAUUCUCUAGCUGUAAACAAUAAAAAGUAACUGAUUUCCAGGGCA